AUGCAAACUCGUGGCAUGAAAACUCUCAACUUUGGCGGAACCGAGGAAACCGUCUAUGAACGUUCCGAUGUUCCCAGAGAGAAGUUGUUGGAAACCUUCAAGGACGAUACUAUUGCCGUUCUCGGUUAUGGUCCUCAAGGCCGUGGCCAAGCUUUGAACUUGCGCGAUAACGGUGUUAAUGUGAUCAUUGGUCAGCGUGAAGGCAAGACUUAUCAACAGGCCAUUGAAGAAGGCUGGGUUCCCGGCAAGAACUUGUUCCCUGUGUUGGAUGCCGUUGACAAGGGUACCGUCGUCAUGAACUUGCUCUCGGAUGCUUACCAAAAGGAAAUCUGGCCUCAAAUGGCUCCCCUUUUGACUCCCGGAAAGACGCUCUACUUCUCUCACGGUUUCUCCAUUGUUUACAAAGAUCAGACCAAUAUCGUUGCUCCCAAGGAUAUUGACGUUGUGCUUGUUGCACCCAAGGGUUCCGGCUUCACUGUGCGUCGUCUCUUCCAGGAAGGUCGCGGUAUCAACUCUUCGUUUGCCGUUUACCAGGAUGCCAGUGGUAAGGCCAAGGAACGUACCGUUGCUUUGGGUAUUGGUAUCGGUUCUGGUUACAUGUACGAAACCACAUUUGAAAAGGAAGUGUACUCGGACUUGUUCGGUGAACGUGGUGUGUUGAUGGGUGCUAUCCAGGGUCUCUUCCAAGCCCAAUACGAGGUGUUGCGUGCCAACGGCCACUCCCCCUCGGAAGCUUUCAACGAAACCGUCGAAGAAGCUACUCAGUCUCUUUAUCCCUUGAUCGGUGAACGUGGUAUGGACUGGAUGUACUCCAACUGCUCUACCACCGCUCAGCGUGGUGCUCUUGAUUGGUGGAGACCUUUCCACAAGGCUUCCAAACCCGUUUUCGAGCAAUUGUACAAGUCUGUCAAGGAUGGUGACGAAACCGCUCGUUCCCUCGACCGCAACUCUCAAGCCGAUUACCGUGAAAAGUUGGAGGAAGAACUCAGAGAAAUCCGCGAAUCCGAAUUAUGGAGAGCCGGUCAAACUGUGCGUCAACUUCGACCUGAAAACGUUGGCAAAUAA